UAAAUAAAUAAAAUAGAAAAACAAUGAGCGUUCAUCUAUUAAUGAGCUGCAGCGCUCCCAGAGGGCAGCAGAGGAACAGCAGGUUAGCUGUGGAUGACUAGAAACAAGUAACAUUCUCACCACAUUAAACAGCGACGCAAUAAUAACAAGCCUGAAGAUGAAAAAUGAUUUUAUGUCCACACCAUGGGUUCAACUUCCUGCCAAUGAGACAGGUGGAUGAGGUGAGACAGGUGGAUGAGGUGAGACUGAUACAGGAAGCAGCGUCUUACCAGAUUACCAGGAUUAGAAUGUCAUUAGAACCUGAUUAUCAGCUGAUCUGUUGUUAAUGGGAUCAGAACCUUCAGGGUCCAGGUGAUGAGUCGCAGCUCGUUCACAUUCACACCUGGACACUCGGACAGUCGGACCCUAACCCUGAGUUUGAUGGCCAACUCCUCUACCCCCCCUGCAGUACGGACUGACCUGCAGCUUGGCAUUAUGGGUGAGAGAGCAGGAGCUGGGGCCGAGUCAUAUGUUCUUUCUGGAACGGAUUAAAACUCUGAGACUGACAGAUUCUGUCCUGAACUCUUUCCUGCUGAUCAGUGACUGUUGACUCUUUUUGUUUCUGACUUGUGUUCUUACGUUGUGUCACUGCGUGGAGACGUAAAGAUGCCGUUCAUGCCGGUGAAGUUCAACCUGCAGAAACGGGUGAAACUGGCUCAGGGGCUUUGGAUGCUCUACUGGCUCUCGGUCAUCGUGGGGAUUCUCGUCUUCAGCCUUGGAAUCUUCUUUAAGAUUGAGCUGCGGAAGAGAAGCGAGAUGAUGGACAACAAUGAGAGUCAUGUGGUUCCAAACCUGCUCAUCCUGGUCGGUGUGUUGGCGUGUGGCGUCAACGCCUUCGGGGGGAAAGUGUGUCAUGAUUCUCUGGACCCCAUCAAGUUCACCAGGUGGAAGCCGAUGCUGAAGCCGUACCUGCUGCUGUGCUGCGGGUUCAACGUGCUGCUGCUGCUGACGGCGCUGCUCUGCUUCCUCAUGCAGUUUGCUGUUUACCUGACGCUUGCCGAGGGUCUGAAGAACGGAAUCAAGUUCUACAAGGACACCGACACACCUGGACGCUGCUUCAUGAAGAGGACGCUGGACAUGACACAGGUCGAGUUCCGUUGCUGUGGCAACAACAACUUCAGGGACUGGUUCGAGGUUCAGUGGAUCAGCAACCGAUACCUGGACAUGAGUAAUGACGAGAUCAAAGAUCGUGUCCUCAGUAACGUGGAGGGAAAGUUCCUGAUGGACAGCGUCCCAUUCAGCUGCUGUAACCCCGGAUCACCUCGACCCUGCAUUCAGCAUCACCUGACCAACAACUCCGCCCACUAUGACUACGACCACCGCACUGAGGAGCUCAACAUCUGGGUCCGAGGCUGUCGGGAGGCACUUUUCUCGUAUUACAGCGGCAUGAUGAACAGCAUGGGGGCGCUGGUCAUCAUCACUAUCAUCCUGGAGGUAAGCCUCAGCCAAUCAGCACUGGAUGUUCAGACCCACACCAAUGAUUAG